AAAAUGAGGGACUAUCCUGACACCGAACACGGCGUAAUGCGACAGUCGGUCAUUUUAAACUGUGACUUUUUAUUCCAGGCAUCCGGCCCAUCAGGGAUCAAAAAUCAUCAGCGCAAAAGAAGCGGAUGGCGAUAAAUUGACGCGUCAGCCGCUGCGCUGUGCGUGGCGCUGUUGACGUUAGCGACGCAAUUUAGUGCCGCAAAAGCACACCGUGCGUAAAAGUAAACUCAUGGUAAAAAUGUAAAAAAAGCUGAAAAUCCUGAGUAGUCAUGUUCACACUUAGCCUUAGCGUUUUUCGUUAAUAAAAAUUUUAAUUAAGUGCUAACACAUGCUAUAUUUAAAACCACAACAAACAAGAACCUGCUGGUUGCGAUCGUUAGUUCAGCUUUGUUUUCAAAUCGAAAAUGAAAAUAUUUUCAGUCCUUUCAGUGGAUAUGUUACGAGUGUAUCGUGUUAUACAAAGGUGUUUCAAGUGUUUGGUAAUUAGUUAGAGGAAGUAUUGUUUGUUUUCGAGGUAAGAACAAAAGGUUCGACAAGAUGACGUUUUUUCCGCACGGUCAGAGUUUUCGAACACGCUCGUUAGUGUUUUCUCUGUUUUCUCCACUGGUUUUCUCGUAAAAGCAAUGGCGCCCAUCCCCCUCUCCGCAACAAGGACAACAGAAGCUUCGGCUGCAUGCACACAGUCCGUGAUUCCCGUGCGAAAUGAUCCCCGAGAAAAGUGAGGAACCUCUACAACGAGAGACCGAUGACAACGACUCUAAAAGAGGCAAGCACACCGCCAUGCCUGCGUCGCUGACGCGUCGCCAGCGUCGCGGCAACGACGAAGUCUUCAUCGGCGCCGAUCCGCGAGCUCUGUUAGACACGUCCAACACUUCCCGUUCCUCAGACCUUUAAGAAACCACCGUAGAUCGUUCACAGUUCGAGGAACAGCGCAGUGUAGGCUAAGUGCCCGUCCAAGUUCGGUUCGACCCCGCUUUCCGAUGUAAACAAGGAAUCGGGCGAUGCUGUGCUCGGCGGAAGCGACCGGUGAAAACAGCAUCUCGGUGUGCCGCACCAUCGUCGUCGGGAGUCCCAUCGUCGUCGUCGCCGGCGGCGGAAACGACGGCACCGCGGGCGAUGGACAGGAGUUCGUCGGCGGGGGCGAAGACGACGACGUCAAGCGUGAGACGAGAGGCGAAGGAGUCGUGGUCGGCGCGGAGCCGAACGGAGAAUCCCAGCUGAAGGUGCUCGACCCGACACCCCCGCCAUGCGUCGUCGUCAGCGUCGCCGGCGGCGGGAUCGCGGCUAACCUUUCCGGAGACUCCUACCAUAGCAGCGACUCCAGCGGGGCGCCCCGCUACUGCGACGACCCGUACUGCCAGCUCAAGGGGGACGGCGGCGCGGUGCAACCCGUCGGCGACGGGAGGGCCUGGAAGUGCGACGUCUGCUGCAAGCAGUUCUCCCAGAAGCACCACCUGCAGACCCACCUGCUGUGCCACUCGGGUCUGAAGAGGUUCGAGUGCCAUGUGUGCCACAAGGCGUUCAAGCAGCAGGCCCACUUGAACACCCACCUCCUCAUCCACGAGGGCCGGCGGCCGCACCGCUGUCCGCAUUGCGAGCACAGCUUCCUGCAGGUGACCCACCUGAAGCGCCACAUGGUGACGCACGGCGGCAGCUGCCUGCCCUGCGGACUGUGCGGCCGCCGGUUCGCGUUUCCCAGCGACCUGUCGGCCCACGUCGCCAAGCACCACCCUCCGCCGCUCGCCCGGACCACCGCGGCCGGUGCGGCGCCGGGCAUCCACCAGCCCGCGGCGCACCAGCUUCAGUGCGAAGUGUGUGAGCGGCUGUUCCAGUACCCGAGCCAGCUGCGCGACCAUAUGCUGGUGCACACACAGGUCCGCCGCUUUGCCUGCCACGACUGCGGCAUGCGCUUCAUGAAGGAGCACCACCUCCGCAACCACCUGGUCACCCACAGCCCUGUGAAGCCGUUCCCGUGCCCAGUCUGCGGCCGGGCCUUCUCCCUCAAGGCUAACAUGGAGCGCCAUGUGCUCAUCCACGAGGCGCAGCGGCGCUUCGGCUGCGACCGCUGCGGAAAGCGCUUCUCGCAGCCGCAGACGCUCAAGAUGCACCUGGUGUCCCAUGCGGAGGUGAAGCCCUACUCCUGCUCGGUGUGCGGCAAGGGAUUGGCACGUGCGCACAACCUCCGCGCCCACAUGGCCAUCCACCAGACGAGUAAGCCCCACCGGUGUCCAGACUGCACGAGCACCUUCACGCUCCGCGGGAACCUCGUGCGGCAUCUGAAAGAGAAGCACGCCUCCACGUUGCCUGGGGAGGCGGUGCAGACACUCCUGGCGCCAGCAAGCCCGCAGCGGGGCGUCGGUAAGCGGCGUAAGAACAUCCCAAAGCGCCUCAAGAAGUUUGGCGACGCGUCCGGCGACGAGGACGGCAACGAGGACUGCGAAGACGACGAAGCAGACGACGUUGAAGCUGAGCAUGAAGCGGAAACGGAGGAGGUCCAAGCAGAACAGGAGACCGAAGUCCGGGAUCGGUUCCAGGACCUCUCCGGUCACAAGUACCAAGGCCUCCCCGGGUCGCCGGAGACGGUGGGCGUCGCAUCUCGGAACCCGGAGGUGAUUCAGAUGACGUACUACCCGGCGAUGUCGGAGCAGCAACACCAUCAUCACCAUCACCACCACCAUCACAACAACCACAACAGCGACGACCCACCGGCGUCGGGCGCGGAGCACAAGCCGUUCUCGCUGCACGCGCUCCAGCCGGCGCCGUUGUUUACGGCGCCCGGUUGCUUUUACGGUGAGCUUCCGUCUGCAACGCCAGCCGCAGUCGGCGCGGAGGAAGUUGGAGCGAGGCUCCAGGCGCUGCAUGCAGCCAUUGACGACCUCGCAGGGAAGCUGGGGCCCGAUCACGACAAGGUGACCGCGCUGCACGCCGCACUGGAUCAGCUCGUGCCGCCGUCGCAACAGGCCACCGAAGUCCCGCCCUAAACGCCAAACGGGAACUGUCGCGGCUCCGUGGAAGCCGUGGUCGGAGGCGAGACUGCUGCAUCUCGCGGAAGUACUUCGUUGGCGUGGGAAAUUGCAAACAAAUAAUUUGGUCGUACUUGUCUGUAGCCCACCCUUAAACAACCAAAGAAAGAUCGGCGUCCAACCCCCCAACGGCCACUUUUUGGUGUGAAUGACCAACGAAGGAGCAGAGUGAAAAAAUGUGCAGCUUCGAUCCCCGCUUCAUCGAGGAGGUGGUGCGAUCGGUACAAAAGACCGAAGAGAGUGCGAGCUGCUGUUUUAUUUUCUAAUAACAGCGGCGGCUGUGCAUGAUUUUUUUCUCGGCGUUUUAGGCAAGUCAGGCAGCAGUGCCAAACACCAGUUGCAGAGGGACAGAACUAUAGACAGUUUGCAGCAAGGACACACACUCCUGGGGUAGGAGUCUUACGAGAUUCGUGGAGCAAAGCUUCGGCGUGAAAGCCUGUCGUGGGUUGUUGCAUGCUGCCUUUCAUAUUGCAUAAUAUUAUACUGCCUCAUCUUGGAAUAAGUUGCUGUAGAACAGCCUAAGAAAA